ACGACGCCUUUAUGUCCGCCGCUGCGGGGAAGUGCAAGCACAAGCAUGAACGUCUGCACAGUGCUCUCCAAAGCCGGGCGCGGAGAACAGGACUAGAACCGGAGAAGCCACGUCACAGGAGCGCUCUGCCGUCUCCCUUUGUGAUGUCACCACUGCUCGGACCGCUGUGAUCCGGAGGCGAUGGCGUCAUUCCGCGCCCCCGCGUAGCCUCCCGCGCUUGCUGCGAGGGAGCAGGACCCGUAGGCCGACGCGACCGUGGCUCCGGCGGCCGGGACCGAGCAGCGCCAACCCGGACACCGCGACUCGGAAAGCAUGGAGGCUGCGGCGGAGGAGCUGCGGGCCGGCUCCCGGAUUCCGGUGACCGUCGAUCAAAUAGUGAACGACACGCUCGUGGUGACGCUCACCUACCGAGAGAGGAGCUACACGGGGAUUUUACUCGAUUGCAGCAAAAAGACGGGGCUGUUCUGCCUGCCGGACAUCGUGGGGAAGUCCGAGGAGCCUCUCGUCCCCAGGCAGGAGUGCGACGUCUUAAAUGAGGAGCCCUGCCCCAAACCCACCCUCCAGUCUGUGCCGCGGCCGAAGGACGAGAACACGGAGCCGGAGAAGCCCCCAGCCGGGAGCGUCCCCGUGCCCAUCCCGGUGCAGCCGGGCCAGGCCACCUACCCACCGUACUUCGAGGGCGCGCCGUUCCCUCACCCCAUGUGGGUGCGUCACACGUACAGCCAGUGGGUGCCCCAGCCUCCGCCCCGGCCCAUCAAGAGGAAGAAGAGGCGAUCUCGCGAGCCCGGCCGCCUGACCCCGAGCACCAUCCGCCUGCGGCCCAGGCAGGUGCUGUGCGAGAAGUGCAAGAAUACGGUGACGAGUGACGAGGACAGCAAGGAUGGAGCCAAGUCGGUGGGAAAGCCGUCCAGGAAGGAGAACGCGCCGCAGGGGGAGGAGCAGGCCAAGGAAGGGCCGCAGAAAGGGCAUAGGAAGGAGGAUGGGGGCGACUCCGCUCGGGAGUCCAAGAGGCGAGAGGAGGGCGGCAGCUACGAAAGCAAGCGCUUCCGCAAGGACAGGAAAGAGGACGAAAAAUUUCCGGGAGGCGAUGUGGUUCCGCACAGCCCCGUGAUAAAGAUCUCCUACAGCACUCCGCAAGGGAAAGGAGAGGUGAUGAAGAUCCCGUCGCGCGUGCACGGCUCGGUCAAGCCCUUCUGCCCCAAACAGCUGCUCCAGAACGGGCUCGGGGAGCCUGACGGCGGGCGCGAGGCUAAGAAGGAGACGCGCCCGCCCAUGGAGUCCAUCCGGACGGGCCUCACCGUGUCUAUCCCCAAGCUCAAACUACCGAAGCUGUCUGACCAGGACAUCCCGUCGCCCAAAAUCCACUGGAGGACCCGCAGCGAAGGCGAGGAGCGCGUGUCCGUGUACGAGGCGGAACUGGUGGGCGAGGCGCGGCGGAGGAGCCCCAGGGCGCCCGGUGCGUCGUUGGCGCGCGCUGAGGACACCGGCGAGAAGACCGGGCUAGAGCUGUGGUCAGGCAGCUCCGGGGAGGAGGCGGAGCGCCACGGCGACCUGACACUGCUCAUCAACUUCCGCAAGCGCAAGGCCGACUCGUCCAGCAUGUCGGUGUGCAGCAGCGACAGCCUGGACGAGUCCAAGUCGUUCAGCUCGGACGGCACGUCGCCGGAGCUGUGCGACCUGGCGCCGGGCGAGCACCUGGCCGCGGCGUCGUCCACGCGCGUCGUCGAGGCCAAGACGGUGCCGCCGCUGACCGUGCGGCUGCACACGCGCAGCAUGACCAAGUGCAUGACAGAGGAGGGCCACGCUGUCGCCGUGGGAGAUGUGGUGUGGGGCAAGAUCCACGGCUUCCCCUGGUGGCCGGCGCGGGUUCUCAGCAUCAGCGGGAGCCGGCGUGAGGAGGGCGAGGUGAACGCGCCCUGGCCCGAGGCCAAGGUGGCCUGGUUCGGCUCGCCCACCACCUCGCAGCUGUCCGCUGCCAAGCUCUCGCCCUUCCGCGAGUUCUUCCGCUCGCGCUUCAACCGCAAGAAGAAGGGCAUGUACCGCCGUGCCAUCAUCGAGGCGGCCAAAGCCGUGGGCCACAUGAGCUCCGAGAUCACCUCCCUGCUGUCGCACUGCGAGACAUAGGAGGAGGACGGCUGGAGCCUGUCUGGGAUUCAGGACCCUGCGCUCCUCUCCGGUCCCUCCCUCCACCCGCGGCGGAGAGCGCUCGCAGUUGCUACGGAUAUCGCGAGGGAAGGUGCAACUUCUCACCCAACCACCCACCCACCCCUUCCUCCCCUCGCUCGCUUGGAAGGAGAAAAUGGCCGCCCCGCGAGGAGGCGUCUGAGCUCGAGGGAGUAAAGAGCAGGCAGGCCGUCCCUGGGAAACCCGAGAGAAGAACUCCUCUUCCAAUCCACCUGUCUUUCUAUCCGACCUUGGUUUUUAUUUGAUAGAAUAAGUAGCUUGACACUAAAUCCGAAUGUAUUUAUUGCCGGGCGAAGCUCGGGCGACCUCGCUACAGUCUCGUACCUUCCCGCUGCUGCUGUGUUUUUGUUUUCGUUUUUUAGUUUUGUUUUUGAGGAAGGGUUUCCUGCCUGUCAGCAGAGGGACUGGCUAAUGAAGUCGCCAUGGAGACGGUGGGGGGGGUCCUGCUGGAGUGAGAUCCCCCCCGUCCACCCGGGCAGGAGUAGAGCAGAGCACAAACUAUCCGACGUCCGUGUGAUACUGAGCGACACGUCUUACCCUGAGGUCUCUCCCCUUCUUUCAGAGCUGAAAAUGUGAAACUCGUUUUUUUUUUUGUACCCCCUGCGUCUAGAGAUCACCAUGUAGGUCUUAAAACAAUGCAGUAUGUCGUCGUUUGUAGUUUUGAUCUCGCCGGAUGGAUGGGAUUUCUCCGAGUGGUCUCUGUGACCCCCCCCCCCCCCCCACACACACACACCCCACCCCUUUUCCCCACUUUCAUUCUAUAUUGUGUUGAUGCUCUUGGGUUUUUGGAACUGUCAUGGGUUGUUCUGAGAUCCAGAGUUUCAUUGUACUUGCUUUAAUUAUUUAAUGUGUCAUGUAAAGAGAAGCACUUUAUCUGUACCUUCAGUGGCCUGCUGGACACUCGUGGAACGAACACUGACUCUGAGCUCUGAACGGCAGACGAACUCUCUGUAGGCCUCUGGCUCACCACCACACCUGGCGCCUUGAAGCCUGUGGUUUUUGGUUAUUCGUUUGGGUUGUUGUUGUUGUUGUUGUUUAUUUUAUUUUUUUGGUUUUGUUUUGUUCUUUGUUUUUCUUCCGUCAUCUGGACAUGGAUGAGAACAUGAGGCGCGUUCAGGAACUAGUUGUGUACACUGUAUUAGUGCGUUUGGUCGGGCUUGUGGAGCCCACGUUCGUUCUCCUACCUGGCCCCGUCACCUUUCCCACGAGAAAUGGACAGCAGGCGUAAACUCCUAUGCAUCGCGCCUUUUAUUAAAAGCUUUAAAACCCCAAACCUGAUGCAACGUUGUGCUGAAGGCGUCGUCUGAAUUCGGCCCCCGCGUGCUGCGUCGGGGGCUCGGGCGCGGCUCUCGUGGCUGUUCUGCUGCCAGCUCUUGCUGCGGGUUGGUUGACUCGGUUUUCUUUUUGUUUUGUUUUUUGUUUUUGAUUUUUGAUUUAGAUUUUUUUGGCCGUCGUUUUAACUGCAGGUGGACGAGAGAGUCUCUUGUAGUCGCCGUUGAGAAUUUAAAGAGGCUCUUCAGUGGAGCGAGGGAUGGUAGAAGGGGAGGGAGCCAGACCCAAGCAGAGGUGUAUUUUAAGCGCAAUGCCUCUCACUGCUGCAUUGAAGUGGUAGUCUUUUUCUUCCUUUUUAUGAAUUCCCUGUUUUGUUUUUGUCUUGUUCCUGAGUUUGGGGGCGGGGCAUAGGCUGGCCUGGACCGCAUGCCAGUGCAAAGACUCUCGCCUAUUGUUCUCACAUCAGUCAACUUUUUUUACAUGGUGUACAUAAAAUAAAGAUCUACAAGCAAUA